AUGUCCACCUCCACCUCCACCUCCACCUCCACCGCCAAAUCCCCAGCAGAAACCCCCCAACAAAACCCUCCCUCCCCCUCCUCAUCACAAACCCCCCUCCCCCUCCCCCCUCUUCCCACAGACCUCGACCCCACCACCAUCACCACCACCCUCCCCGUCGGCGGCGACGCCGUCAAACUAGAUAAACUAGGCCCCCUCGUCGUCAACAAAGACGGCACACUAUCGCGCAUUGCGAAUUGGGAGCAAAUGGCGGAUAUUGAACGGGCGAAUACGCUGAGGAUUUUGUGUAAGAGGAAUAUGCUUAGGAGGGAGGAUUUGGAGAGGAAGGGGAGGGCUGGGGAGGGGGGGUAG